AUGGCAGAACAGACACCGCCAAUGAGAGUGUCGACGUCCGCGGCCCAUCGGACCACCGUUGUGGAUCUGUUCUAUAGCCAGUCACUAGGGCCCGCGGGGAGAUCGACGUAUCCCCAGCUCCGAGGGCGCCCCGCUAAACGCAGGCGUCUGAACGUUGUGGGCGACGCGGGCGCGGGUCCAUCGAACAGUGCAGCGUCCGCCGCCUCGACGCCGGGCCCGAGCGCCGCGGUCCCCGAAGAGGAGAUCCAACGGAACAUGGUGCUCGUCGGGCCCAUGGCGAAGACCUUCACCUGUAACAUUGGCGUAUGCAGAGCCCAGGUGGCCCCAACGAACGAGGCACUCCGGGAGCACCUUGAGGCGGUCCAUCCGGACCCCUGCGGAAACAUCCUGGACCGCAGUGGGCCCGGUUUCUGCCCGUGGAACGGGUGCGGGGGCAUCCAGAUCAGGUCUACGAAGGAGCGGAAUAAGAGCGGGGCGCGGACGAUGAAGCUUCGGCAUAUCCUGGGGCUGCACGGGGCCCUGCGAGCCGACUAUCGCUGUCUCGUGUGCAGCGAGGAGAGUCGGUUGGAAACAAAAAGGGGCAUGGAGAAGCAUGUGAGGGCAUGCCUAAAAAAGUCACGCCGGGCAGCGCGUAAGACUACUGCCGCGGCGACCCCCGUAGAGCUUCUCGAGACGGAUGAUAUCAACACGUUUGGCUUGACAGCCGGCACAUCAACCAACGACGGCGGCAGUCCGGUCUCACCGCAAGGCGUCGCUAUGAUUCGGAGCCAGCGCAAGAGCGCACGCAGUUAUACCUCAACCUCGACUGCUGCUAGCGUCAACGGAUGCCUGGCGUAUUUCGUCGGCUUCUCGCCCGCUGGCGCGAGGAAGGAGUACACACCAUUCGAAGACGACGCUGCAACUGAGGACAGUGAAGACCCGCCGGCAGCCUGGCAGCCGGCUGUGUAUAAAGACCUCGACCUGCGACGGCAUCGUCUAUUGACGAGGAGUCCCCUCCGCAGACGGACGUCGAUGCUGCCGAGCUGA